GUUAUAACUCAAAUAUAUCACUUCCCCAUACAUUGGAUUUUGAAUUUGGUUGUGGGAUUUUAGGUGCAUUGACUGUUAUGAUGAGAAAUACAGUCAGUCAUUCAUACUUUACUAUUGUUGUUUGUCAUUAGUUUUAUUAACAUAGAUUUGUUAUGAAAUGCAGAGACUAUACAAAUUUGGGUGCAACUGUGCAAAGAAGAUGGUUGUGAUAAAUUUAGGACCUAUUGAAUGUAUACCCUUUCAGAGGGAAGUAAAUCUGCUAGCUAAUCGAGAUAAGUAUGCUGAAUUCCCAAAUCAAUUGGCACAGUCAUUCAACUCCAAGCUAAGGACCAAUAUAAUGAGCCUUAGAAUCUUAUAAACCUAUCACCGAAAACCAAAUAAGCUAUAUGUCCAAUUUCAGUUCAAUCACACCAAUUUGGAUAUUGUGUUGAUUUGAAAGAAGGUGAUGAAGGGCUUUGUUAAUGAUUAUCUCUCUCUCUCUCUCUCUCUCCCUCACUCUCUCUCUCUUGAAAGUGGAAAAUGAUUGUUAUGGAAUAUGGUUAAAGUUUAGACUAGAUGCAUAACCUUUUACUUUCUUUUUUCUCCAAAAAAGGCACCCAACAAAGGGUGCCUUUGGAUGUGCAACACUACUUGAUAAAAGCCUACCAAUUGAAGAGGGUGAUGCUCGCUAUAUGCCUUCAGAGAUCCUGAAUGAGAAACAUGACGAUCUUGACAAGGCUGAUAUCUUCUCAUUGGGAGUUGCUAUGUAUGAGCCUAUUAGAGGUUCACCGUUACCGGAAGAAGGACCUCAAACCUUAAAUCUUAAGAAAGGAAAAUUGCCACUGCUUCCUGGUCACUCCUUGCAACUUCAGAACUUGCUCAAGGCCAUGUUGGAUCCAAAUCCAGUCUGCAGACCAUCAGCUAAAGAGUUGGUUGAAAAUCUAAUGUUCCACAGGGUGCUAAAAAAUGCAUGGGCCUAGGACAACCACGAUUGCGAAUUGAAGAGAUUGGGGUAUUGUAUUAUAGUAUAUGUCAUCCUUUUGUGUCUGCCAGCCCAGUAAAAUAGGCAGAAGUAUGUGAAUGGCCAAUUUUGUAUCUAUAAUUCUCCCUCAUGUAUUAAUAUGCACCUAAUUUUCCUCCUAAUGCGGUGCAAUUUUUAUGAAUCCUGAGGAUUCCUUGGUCAUGGACUCGAGUAUUUUACUGGUAAUGGAAAAGUCUAAAGCCUUUGUUGGGUGCCUUCUCUACA